UUGGGGGGCCUGUAAUUCAAAAAAGAGGCAUAAAAAAGUUUGGCCACUCUAAAUGCGCAUUUAUUCCUGCCGGCAGACCCUAAUUUGCUUAAUUUAAUUUAAUUUCGUUAAUUAAACAACUGCAAUCAUCAUGUCUGAUCAAUGGGAAGUGGUCACCAAGUCGCGUAAACAGAAAAACCUGGACAAGAAAGUAGUCGCCCAUACGGAAAAGAAGCGUCUUGCGGCCCAAUUGCCUAAACUGGAGGAACUUUUGCCAACUCAUCAGGCACAGUUGUUUGCCUCCAGCAACAAUAAUAACUACAAGUCGUCUUCGCCGGCGAAAUCCAGUUCUAGUGGCUCAUCGACAUCGAAAACCAAAUCGCCAGCAAAGAAAAACACUGGAAAAAAUGCGGCCACUGCAGGUGCAGCUGGCGCUAAAAAGCCCACGUCGACAAAGCCAAAAACUCUGGAGUUAGCUCUGAAGAAUAUCACACCGGAUGAUUUUUCUGCUCAACUGGAGCAGGUCAAGCUCAGUUGUCCUGAUUCGGAGCUCCGUUGGCUAAGCCAUGUUGCACUAUACUUCAACGGCGCUUUGUCCUACGACUGCGAUCCCAUCUUCUCCGGCCGUUCGACUCAGUAUCCCAGUAACCUGGCCAGUCAUUCCCUCAAGUAUUUGAUUGUAGAGUUCCUCGGAAGCGUGGGCGAAUCAAAUCUUGAAUACUUUUAUCAUUCCUUGCUAGACAGCAUGGCCACGGAACUCAACAACAAUCAGACAGUGGUUGGGUACAAACUGUUGCUUCAGCUGAUCGGUCAAAACUGGCCGGGUAUAUGUGCCAAGAACCUUGCUAAGACUGCACUGCUGCGAAAUUCCUACCAAAAUCGUAGCACCAUUUGCCUGAGCAUCUUGUGGGCUGUCGGACAGGGCGGUUAUCAGUCGUUGAACGACGGUGUCCGUGUUUGGCAAAACCUUAUGCUGCCUAAUCUUGAACUUAAGCAGUACUCCAAGUUUGUGAUUGAAUACAUAGAGAAAGUAUUGAAGGAAGCGUCGGCAAGAAAACUGGACGAUCCCUUACUGCUGAAUCAGCAGGAAUUCUUCGCUGCUUAUAACGCACUGAACGCCACGUAUAUUAAUCUUCCCAAGGAGCAACAACAAAGUCUGAAACGCAGUGCUAGAGGAUUGCUGGAAAUUUAUAUCAAUAGCCCCGUAAAGCAUGCCAACAUUUUCCUGACGCUAUUCCGGGAUAUUAGCGCUACCUCUAAAAAUAAUAACGAGAUCGAAGGCUGUAUUAGAUGUCUGCUUAGUAGUGGAAGGGACGAUUGCCUCCGAGUAUGGCGCAUGAACUACAAAAAGCAACAGGUGCCGAGUCUUUUGCUGCUGAGAGCUAUAAAUGAAAACUGGGCGGGUUCUACCAAGGAUUUGGCAUUAUCCUCGGCGUACCAUUCCUUCCUACAAGACUUAAGAAACCUGAACGACGAAUUGCGGUGCAGUAAGAAAAGGGAUAGCACUAUUGAUAGUUUACAGGAGGUACUAUUGAGCGUGCAGGAGAAGAGCACCGCCCAGCAGAAGAAGAACAAACAGAAUGCGGCGGCACAGAAAAAGAAAUGCGGAUGCUGCAAAUGGACGCUGGGCAGCCUCUUCAUCGUGGCCUUGAUCGCCGGUGCUCUGUACUACGAUACCGAGACCAACGGCAAGGGUGUCUUCGAGAAAUCUGCCACCGGCAAGGUGCUGAAGAACGCUGGAGUGCUGCCGCAUGUUGAGAAGACCUGGUACACCGUCAUGGGAGCGGGUGCUCGCGGCUACAAGUGGGCGGAGGUGAAUGUGCCACCGUAUGCUGAGCCCGUGGUCAAGACCAGUGUCGAUGUGUGGAAGCUAGCGCGGAAUGCCGCCUGCAACAUUUUCCAGAACGGCAAGGGAUACUUCAGUGCCAAGUGGCCCGUGGUGGCCAAGUUUAUUGACCAAUACGUGCCGAAUUUGUCGGGCAAGAUUGAAGCCUUUGCUGCGGGGGUCAGUGAUUUUGCUGUCAGCAGCUACGAUAAGUCCGCCACGCUGAUCAAGGAAAAGGUGCUAGUUGGUCGCUUCUCGCCCGAGAACAUCAACCAGGCCCUGAACCAGACGCGUAUCGCUGCCCUCGAAUACUUCAAUCAGUUCCACAAAAAGGUCGAUGCUUACGCCAAGCUCAAAUGAUUCUAAGCGUCAGGUACGCUUAAUUCUCUAUCUAUCUAUGGAAACAUCAUCAUGAAGAAGCAGCAAUGCAACAAAACGCGUCAUAGUAAAUAGUGGAAGAGCUCUUAAUUAUUCACAAUUAGUAAAAAAAAAACGAAAAAACAAGCGAAUGUUCAGUCAAAAAAAAACUCAGUAAAAAAGCAGUCAAAACUCAAAAAGCCAUUCACAUUCAUAAACUGAUUCUCGUCUGAUUUGUGUAAGGAAAGCAAUACGAGCAAAUUUCUGUGGAUGCCGAACGAGUGUACACCAACAAUCUAGUAAAUUCAAUCUUAUAUUAGUUAAAAAAGCCCAAAAAAAAUAUUUAUGUUGUACAAAAACAUGUUUAAAUGUUUUUCUCCCAGAUGAGAAAACUUUACUUUUAAAUUUGUAUACAACGGCUUUAAAAAAUUGUUUAAAAGUUCCGCAACUUUCCAAAAAUGUCAUAAUUGUAUUUAUUUGCGUUUUUUUUUGUGUAUGGAGGCGUGUGUUAACUGAUUUUUGUUAACCAAAUCAUUACAUUUCCAGUUGCAUUUUUGAAGGCAAACGACAGAUUCAAGCACGAUUAUAUUUUUUUUACUCAUAGGUUUCUCUGAUGUGUGCAUUUCUUCGCAAUAUUUGCAAAAAAAAAAGCGCGUUGUAGUCGAUUUCUGGUUCCAUAAGCAAGACUUUAGUUUCAAGUUUUAAAUCUCAUUUGUAUAUUUAAAGGAUUACACGAUUUUGCAUAAAUUAAAUAAAGUUGAAAGAAGUGAAGUAAACGAAAA